CGAACAGUAAGACAAUUUAUUCUCAUUCACAUUAAAGGAGUUUGCUGUUAUGGCCAAAUUACAAACCUGGCUUUUUCAUCUGGAUCUCAUUGUCAUUAUUAUUCUCCUCAUUCACGCAGAUUUUUCAAAAUCCAAACAAGAGCCAAAGAUACAACAGCACAUCAACAAAACAGUGUUUGUGGGGGAAACGGUUACACUUCACUGCAACAAAACUGACUAUGAUGAUGAUUUCACGUGGACAGUGAACAGCUCUGUUAUUUUCAGACUGAUCACUUAUAGUAAAUUGACUUACUCAAACUUCAGCUCAAACAGGACGUACGUCAACCCAACAGUACCAAGAGAACUAAAAAUACAGCAAAUACAAGUGUCUGAUGCAGGAAAGUACACCUGUUAUCCAGCAGCAAUAAGAUGGACAUUAACAAUAACAGAAAACCAGACCACUUCAGUGUCAUUUAAACUAAUGCCACUCUUCAUCUUCAUCAUUAUAAUCAUCUCAUGUUUUGGAGUCAUUCUGAUCUGUCUGAUAAUCACCAUAAACAUCUGCUUUCACAGGAAGCAAGGAGAGAAGAUGAACUCUGAUUUAGGCAAAGACCUUGUGAAGUUGAUCUCUGACCAUGACCAACACACAAUAACAGUUUGUGUCUACAGGCUUCACACAGUUUCAUGAACUUGAUAUUUUUUCUCAGCUCACCAGCACACCAGUGUUUGUGUCUGCCAG